GCGCACGCUACUCGCCUUCGCUCAGUCCAGUCUCAGCCUCUCGGCGGCCGCCUCGUUCCCGUGCCUCCAGCCGCGAAGAAAACGGCCCGCUCUGCUCCACUCCGCUUCGGUUCCGUCCCGGUUCUGUAUGAGCAGUACGCCACAGACUUAAAUCCCGAAGAGGAAGGCCAGCGCGAGCACCAGCAGGAGAGCAGCUCGUGAGCUAGCAGCAGGCAGAGAUGGUCACGUCCGCACCGGGAGUCCUCCUGCUGCUAAUGUGUCUCCGGCACUGCGGGAACGUCCACGGUACGAAGACUGAAUGUGAAGCAAACCAGUUCCAGUGUGGGAACGGCCGCUGCAUCCCGUCGGUGUGGACGUGUGACGGAGACCUGGACUGCACGGACGGCAGCGAUGAGGGUUCCUGUGUUCAGAAGACGUGCGCCGAGGUGGACUUCGUGUGUCGCAGCGGUCAGUGUGUCCCGAAGCGAUGGCACUGCGACGGAGAACCGGACUGCGAGGACGGGUCUGACGAGAGCCUAGAAAUCUGCCACAUGAGGACGUGCCGAGUGAACGAGUUCAGCUGUGGACCAGGAACCACUCAGUGUAUUCCCAUCCUCUGGAAGUGUGACGGAGAAAAGGACUGCGACAACGGCGAGGAUGAAGUCGGCUGUGAUAACAUCACCUGUGCUGUGAAUGAGUUCACCUGUGCGAGCGGUCGCUGCGUCUCGCAGAACUUCGUGUGCAACGGCGAGGACGACUGCGGGGAUGCUUCUGACGAGGUGGAGUGUGAGCCGUCGUCCUGCGGGCCGUCGGAGUUCCAGUGUGGAAACGCGUCGUGCAUCCCCGCCGGCUGGGUGUGUGACGACGAUGUCGACUGCCAGGAUCAGUCCGACGAGUCUCCGUCUCGCUGCGGCCGCCAUCCCACGCCGCCGGCCAAGUGUUCUCCCAGCGAGAUGCAGUGCAGCUCCGGAGAGUGCAUUCACAAAAAGUGGAGGUGCGAUGGAGACCCCGACUGCAAGGAUGGCAGCGACGAGGCCAAUUGUCCUGCACAAACCUGCGGGUCGGAUCAGUUCAAGUGUGACGACGGAAGCUGCGUCCUGGGCAGCCAGCAGUGCAACGGCCUCCGGGACUGCGCCGACGGGUCGGACGAAACCGGCUGCAAAAACGUGACUCAGUGCAACGGGCCGGAGAAGUUUAAGUGCCGCAGCGGCGAGUGCAUCGAGAUGAGCAAAGUGUGCAACAAGGUGCGGGACUGUCCCGACUGGAGCGACGAGCCUCUGAAGGAGUGCAAUCUGAACGAGUGUCUCCUGAACAACGGCGGCUGCUCCCACAUCUGCAAAGACAUGGUGAUCGGCUUCGAGUGCGACUGCACGCCCGGCCUGCAGCUCAUCGACCACAAGACGUGCGGAGAUAUAAAUGAAUGCAUGAAUCCUGGCAUCUGCAGUCAGAUCUGCAUCAACCUGAAGGGAGGCUACAAGUGUGAAUGUCACAACGGAUACCAGAUGGACCCGGCUACCGGCGUCUGCAAGGCUGUCGGGAAGGAGCCGUGCCUGAUCUUCACAAACCGUCGUGAUAUCCGCCGCCUGGGUCUGGAGAGGAAGGAGUACACGCAGCUCGUGGAGCAGCAGAGGAACGCCGUGGCUCUGGACGCAGACUUUAAUCAGCAGACCAUCUUCUGGGCCGACCUCGGUCAGAAGGCCAUCUUCAGCUCGGUUCUGGAUAAACGAGGAGACGUCAGCAGCAACAAGAAGGUGAUGGAGGUCCAGACGCCUGUGGGGAUCGCCGUGGACUGGAUCUAUAAGAACUUGUACUGGUCGGACCUCGGCACCAAAACCAUUUCAGUCGCCAACUUUAAUGGAACCAAGCAGAAGGUUCUGUUCAGCAGAGACCUGAAGGAACCCGCUUCUAUCGCCGUGGAUCCACUCUCUGGGUUUCUGUACUGGUCUGACUGGGGAGAGCCCGCUAAGAUCGAGAAGUCCGGGAUGAACGGAGUGGACCGACAGGUUCUGGUGGCGACGGACAUCCAGUGGCCCAAUGGCAUCACGCUGGAUCUGAUCAAAGGCCGGCUGUACUGGGUGGACUCGAAGCUGCACAUGCUCAGUAGCGUGGACCUGAACGGAGACAACAGGAAGCGGGUUCUCCAGUCUGCAGACUACCUGGCCCACCCCUUCGCUCUCACAGUCUUUGAGGACCGGGUCUUCUGGACCGACGGGGAGAAUCAGGCCAUCUACGGCGCCAACAAGUUCUCCGGUUCUGAUGUGGUGACGCUGGCCAGCAACCUGAACGACCCGCAGGACGUCAUAGUUUACCACGAGCUGAUUCAGCUGUCAGGAACCAACUGGUGCCGUGAAAAAGGUGAAAACGGCGGCUGCAGCUUCCUGUGUCUGCCGGCUCCACAGAUCAACAAACACUCGCCCAAGUACACCUGUGUGUGUCCAGAGGGCCAGGAGCUGGCUGCUGACCGGCUUCGCUGCAGACCUGAAUCCAAAGGUCCGUUAGAGGACGGUAGUAAGGCGCUGGUUCAGCCUCCUGCAGAGGAGAACGUGAGCACGUCCAUCCAGGUGAACUCCACAGCUAGAGGGUCUGCUGCCGCCUGGGCCAUCCUGCCCGUCUUGCUGCUGGCGAUGGCGGGAGCAGGAGGAUACCUGAUGUGGAGAAACUGGCAGCUCAGGAACCAGAAAAGCAUGAACUUUGAUAACCCCGUCUACCUGAAAACCACAGAAGAAGACCUCAACAUCGACAUCACUCGACACGGCGCCAACGUGGGACACACCUACCCGGCAAUCUCCAUAGUGAGCACAGAAGACGACUUAUCCUGAUCCCGAUCGGGUCUUUCCUCACGGAAACUGGCUGCGGCGCCUCCUUGGUAACCAUGCCAACGGUUGCUGUAGCAACAGCCCUUACAGUACAACCACAUGCCUUCAGAAGUGCAUUAAAUCAUGAUCUGUGGUGAACACAACGUUAUUUAUUAUGUGGAUGCUUUGAUUUGUUUUUCACUCGAGUGUUUAAGAUGUUUUUUGUUUUGGAGUCGUUUUUCUCAUCCUGUCCUUUGAAGGCGGUCGGAAUCCUCUUUCCAUCCGAUCAGUGGGGAAUUCCUCGCUCUGGUUGCCUUUCAUGAGUUGAUGGAAAACCGGACGACAUGAAUUACGGUCUCCCGGACCGGACUUGGACCGGUCACCGUUCUCAGGACUUGACGAAGCUCAUGUUAGCCGAAGAGGGAUGAGGUCAGAAGCUUUCCUUCAUUCCCGCCCGGCUCCUCCAAUGUGAAUAUGUUCUGUUUUCCUGCACUGGGGCGUCGCCAUGGCUACAGUGUUUGUAGAGUGUAAAUAUGAAUUUGUCCUCCUCAGAGACGUGGCGAGAUCAGGACUCUUCGAUGCACUUUGAUCCACGUUUCAUGUAAAUAAGAUUGUAUUCUGGGACCCGGGUCACCUUUUUGCUAGCUGGGACCUCAGAUCAGAUGUAUUUAAGAAGGAAGCGCCAGCCUUUGGUAAACACUAUUUUGUAUGUUUGUGCUGUUGCUGUGAACUUUUUAUAGCCUCGUACGGCGGAGGGGACCACUCGGUCCGUGUCUGUGAAGGAAAUGAAUAAAAUCUGAAUUGGUGUUAAAAACGAA